UUUUAGGAGACACAUCUUUCAUUGCAGUUAAUAUCAACCAGUGUUUAUCAACCAGUGGUUGUCAAUAAAUGCCAGACAUUCUUCUAAGUGCUACAUCUGUAUGAACUCACUUAUAUCAUACAACAGCCCUGUGGGGAAGAUGCUAGCAUUAUUUGCAUUUUACAGAUGAAGAAGCAGAGACACAGAGAAGAAUCUCCCUGGAAAAAGAGACAUGAAUGUCUGCAGUGAUAUUUCCUGACAAGAAGUUGAUACAAGAGAAGGAAAAGAGAUCGACAGCUAGUGAGCAGAAUUUCAAAUAACCAGGAUUUUACAUUUAUCACCUCCAACUGCAGACUUCUGUUGCCUACUUUUAAAUCAGAGAUAACUACAAUCAGAACCCAAACAAGGCGGAGAUACUUUUCUUCUGUAUUCUCUGGGAUUAAAGAAACUGUGAAAUGUCUAGGAAACAGAACCAGAAGGAUUCAUCAGGAUUCAUUUUUGAUUUGCAGUCUAAUACUGUACUGGCCCAGGGAGGAGCUUUUGAGAACAUGAAAGAGAAGAUAAAUGCAGUGCGUGCAAUAGUCCCCAAUAAGAGCAACAAUGAAAUUAUCCUGGUUUUGCAGCACUUUGAUAAUUGUGUGGACAAAACAGUACAAGCAUUCAUGGAAGGUAGUGCCAGUGAAGUACUCAAAGAAUGGACAGUUACAGGCAAGAAAAAGAACAAAAAGAAGAAGAACAAACCAAAACCUGCAGCAGAAGCAAGUAACAGUAUCCCAGAUUCCAAUAAAUCAGUUUCUGUUCAAGAGGAGCAGUCUGCACCUUCCUCAGAGAAAGGAGGUAUUAAUGGUUACCAUAACGGUGCCAUCAAUGAUACUGAGUCUGUGGAGUCAUUCAGUGAAGGUAUGGAGACACUUUCAAUAGAUGCCAGAGAAUUGGAGGAUCCUGAGUCUGCUACACCAGAUCUGCUGGAUAGAACAGGAUCCAUGCUGGAGAAUGGUGUCUCUGAUUUUGAGUCCAAGUCUUCAACUAUGCACUCUACUCAGAAUUCUCAACAAAAUAGGAAUGCUGCCAAAUCUCUCUCAAGAUUUACCACAGGACCUCAGUUUUCAAAUCUGGGCAAGGAAGAUGUCCCACUCUCUUCCACCAACAAAAAGCUAGGUUCCAACAUUGAAAAAUCUGUGAAAGACCUCCAGCGCUGCACGGUGUCUCUUGCACGGUAUCGAGUUGUAGUUAAAGAAGAGAUGGAUGCUUCCAUUAAGAAAAUGAAACAAGCUUUUGCUGAAUUACAGAGCUGUUUAAUGGAUCGAGAAGUGGCAUUACUUGCUGAAAUGGACAAAGUGAAAGCUGAAGCCAUGGAAAUUUUGCUCAGCCGUCAAAAGAAAGCCGAACUUCUAAAGAAGAUGACUGACGUGGCUGUUCGAAUGUCAGAGGAGCAGUUGGUUGAGCUCAGAGCAGAUAUCAAGCACUUUGUUAGUGAACGUAAAUAUGACGAGGAUCUGGGACGAGUAGCCCGGUUCACCUGUGAUGUAGAGACCCUCAAGAAGAACAUUGAUUCGUUCGGACAAGUGUCACAUCCAAAGAACAGCUAUUCAACCAGAUCUCGAUGUAGCUCAGUUACAUCAGUGUCUUUGAGUAGCCCAUGUGAUGCCUCUGCUGCUUCCUCUUCCACUUGUGCCUCUGCUCCCAGCCUUACAAGUGCUAACAAGAAAAACCCGGCACCAAGAGAGGCUCCUGCAGCCACAGCAAACUCCAGUGGCCGGACCUACCAGCCUCAUCGAGAGGUAUUGCCAGGAAACAGACGAGGAGGACAAAGCUACAGGUCACAAGGCCAAAAGUCCAGUGACCCCAUGAACCAAGGGCAACAUGACAGUGUGGGUCGUUACAGAAACAGCUCAUGGUAUUCAUCUGGUUCCAGGUACCAGAGCGCUCCAUCCCAGGCACCAGGAAACACUAGUGAACAGGGCCAGGCUCAUCCUGCAGGGACCAGUGGAACUGGAGCCAGCAUGGAGCCCAGCCCACCCAAGCCCUCAUUCAAAAGGGGGCUCCCCCAGCGCAAACCCAGGACCUCUCAGCCUGAAGCCGGGAACUCUUGAGGGAAAUUGCACUUGACCUCUCUUCUGUCCCACACAGUUCAACUUGGUAACUGGACUUUAGGAAACUUAUAGUUAGACUUAAUAACGAAAAGAAGUUUACGCAUAUCACUUUUUAUGCCAUUCUAAAUACUUUGAUUUCUUCUUUCCUCGUUUCCUCUUUACCAUUUUUGGAGGGGAAACUGUGUUUUCCCUUCACCUUUCCCAGUGAUAUGGAUUGAUUCUGACUAGUCAUUUCCACCAGGAGUCAGUGUAAGCAGUGUUCUUCCCAGUGCUCCCGGCCUUUCAGGUGCCUGAAGAGGCCUUCCUCGGCAGCCCCUACUGUUCAGGCUUCUGGGGGGAGAUGGAUCAGAACUGGUCCUGCUGCCUUUCCAGGCUAAGCAGAAACCACAUGGGCCUGUCAGAUUCCCUGUGAACAGAGUGUGACCAGUGAGGGGAUGGUGAACUGCACUGAAUUAGCCAGAGAAGAGGAAAUUUAAUUAGUGAAAAGUAAAGAACACUAGGAAACAUUUGAGAAUCUGCCUCUGCUCGCAGAACGUGCCUGAGAUUGACGCUCAGAUCAGGGUUCAGUCUCUUGCUUAGCACCAUAGCUUAACCUGCAGUUUCUUCCAAAUGCCCAAAGCCUUGUUUCCUAUUACCUUAGACUGCAACCCAGUCUAGGGAAGUCUAUGGGAAAGUAGCAUUUAACUAAAGGAAAAAAAGUAUUUCUUUGUUUCAAUGUUUGAAGAUUUUUGUUGCUAUUGUUCUCUCUUUCCUGAUUUCCUGUUCUGACCCUGAACCAAAUUUACAGCAAUAUAAUUAGUGUUAAUCUAAGGUGUUACCCAUCAAAAAAUUGCCGCAGUCAAUCUUUAGAGUUGAAUAAAUAAAAACAAUUGCAUAAAUGUUCC